AUGAUCAAAAAGUAAAUCUUUUUGCGUUAAUUAUGUGACUUUUCAGCAAAAAUAGAAUUGAGUAACUCAAAUUUCUAAUGUUAUGUUAAAACAGAGAUUUUCUAUGUUUUUAUAGUUGAAAAUACUUAUACAGUUGGAAUGUACUCAAUCUCCUAAAAAGAUGUCUAGAGUCAAUAUAACUUCAAAUAUAAUUAAUUCUCAAAUACAAUAACAUCUAUUAGUGUUGUUGCAAACAGAUUAUAUAUAAUCCUAAAUAAUCUAUAAGUGGACAUCUGGAAUAUUGAUACUAAAUAAAAUUACUCUGUGACUUAGAGCAUAGUAAACUCAUUAGGAUUUUAUGGUAGUUGGAAAAUUAGAAAAGUAGUAGGUAGUUCUAAAUAUCAUCCUACUAUCCUCUUCAUAAUUAAUGAUGAUAAUAUUCUAAUUGCAGAUUAUCACAAAGAACUAGCAAUCGUCAAUGUUUUAACUUAUGGAAAAUCUAUUAUUGACGUAGCCAUCGGUGAGGAUUCAUUUAUUUCAGUAGUUCAUACAAGCACAAUAACUUACUUAACAGAAUAUGAUUUUUCAAAUUAUUGUAAUAUCUUCAAAAUGAAAGAGCUACCUACAUAUAGAUACUAAAUUUAAGAUUCUAUGACAAUGGUAAGUAGUAGCGAUUCUGGAUUGUUAUAUAUUGCAGCAUAUGAUCCAGACAAUAAUAAUUCAUCAGUCAUUUUGAUCUACAAGCCAUUGUAGCCUUUAAGAGAUUCCUUGAUAAAAGUACUGACACCAAAAAAACAGAGUUUCUUUAUUUCUGAUACUUAACUGGCUGCCGCAGGUUUUAAUCAUUAUAUUUUCUAUUUAAAUGAUGGAGAAAACCAUAAUGUCGAAUGGAUUGACUAAACUUAUUAUUAUUAAGUGGCUCCAGAAUAUUAAACAGAUCAAUGGGUUAAUAAAUUCAGAUUAAAUUUAACUGUAUCAAAUCUAAAAAAUAACCCAAGUGUGUAAUUCAGUUAAGCUAUUGUUUUGUAUCAGACAAAAUCUUAAAUCAAGUUCCUUUAGACCAAUGUGAACAUUUCAAAUUAAAAGUGGACAAAAGAUGAAAUUACUUUAAGUAUGGUAGGAACAAUAAUUAACUAUUUAAUCUAAUGUUAAUAAUGUGGUUAGGGGAAAAAUAUCAAUGCUAUCUAACCAUUAAGUUUAUUUAAAUAGGAAUACGGAGACGACUUAAAUAUAGUUGAUUAAAUAGAACGUGGAUCAGAUAAUCUUAGAAUAUUAUUAGUAUCUACAUCAAAUUUGCAGGCAAUUAGAAUAUAUAACAGCACAAAUUCAUUUUUUAAGUCCAUAGUAAUUUCAACAUCAACUGAUUAUAAAUGUGAGAAAGUGUAGAAAUAUAAUAACCAUUUGAUGGUAGCAUGUCGUAAUUCAAAAAACUACUAAAUAGUAACUAUUUGGUGUGAUAACGAAUCAACAUGUGGGAAUAUAAUAAAAUAUUCAGAUUUAACAACAAGCCUCCGCUAUAUAUAUUAGAUGAGCUAUUAUUAUAAAUACUUAGUUAUAGUUGAUGCUCACCCAAAAGUUCUUAAAAGUAUGGAUACUUUUAUUCGGGUAUUCGAUGCUUCCUUCGAUGAUAGUAAACACACAGCUAGUUAUACUUAUACUCAUUAGAUAAAUACGGUUUAAUCUUAUGGUGAAUAUGUCGUGAAAACAUUAUUGCAUUAUCAUUCCAGUAGUACUAACCCAUGUUAUACAUAUAUUCUUGGAUUAAUGUCAAAUGGAGUGUUAAGAAUCUUUAAUUCUGCGUUGACCUAUAAAGUGAGUUUAAAUGUCUAUUAGGAAAUUCUCAAUGCAGGAGGAGAAAUAAUUUAGAAGGAAUUCAAUGAUUUUUAUUUUACUGAUGUUCCAACAUAUACAAAACAGACCACAUACGCGCAUAUGAUAUUUACAUCAUAAUCUUUGAAUUACAAAUUUAGAUUGGUUUAUGACACUUAUAAUUACAAACUUGCUUCAUUCACCUAUCAUUAUGCAUUAAGUCGAUAUUAUGAUGCUUAAACAUUACCUGGAAUGUGGAUUGAUAACUAUUCUCAAAUUGCUAUAAUUCCUUACAGAUAAAAUGAUAAAAAAAUAUUUCUAUUUUUUGAACUACCUGAUAAUUCCGUAGUCGAUAAGAGGAUGGUAUAUUCUUACGGCGGAAUAUCUGAAUACCAUGAUUUUACUGAUUCAGAUAGAGUAUCCUGCACAGUAUAAAAUAAUGUUGCUAUUUUGGGAGUCAGCUCAAAGUUUGAAUCAAAUAUGUUUUAUAUAAAACAUUACAAUGUAAACUUAUAAUAAAAGUUGAUUGUUGAUAAUACAGGAGGCAAUCUAUUGAAUUAAAUAGGCUCAUUAGAAGUGUCAAACACCAUAAAUUCAGAAUAACUUUAGUUUAAUAUCAAAAUAUUAUCAUCUGAAUAGAAAGAAGAAAAUUCUUAGAUGGAUUCAAAUGAAACAGACAUCAAGAAUCAAACUGAUUAUUUAUACAUAUGA